GCAUGUCUGCAUGUUAUCAGAGACACUGAGACACCGACAACAGUGUCUCACUGUAUGAGUGUAUGAUAUCGUCCCGAGAUUCAUACAAUACACACGUUAGCGUUACAAAAUACAUCGUGCAUUUAGUCAUCGAAUUCCCUUAAUAAUCCGGCAUACACUUAGAUUCUUGGAAGCGUUGGAGUGGACCAAUCUACCACUAACGAUCUCGAAAAUGGAAAAUAACUUUGAUGUUAUACAACUAGUGCAUGAGAAAUGUACGGAUUUGGUAACGGAUUACAUAUUUUCUCUUCUAGAUACUAGUAGCUUAAAAAAUGCUGAAACAGUAUCAAAACUUUGGUAUUCAAUCAUAAGAAAAUUCAAAAUCUGGAGCAAAAAAUAUGAAAAUAUGAACCUCAAAUGUUCAGCCCUUAGUCUAUUACUUCAACGGCGAAUAUCCGAAGGCUUCAAUACUGUUGAUGAUAAAUUCUUGCAUAAAAGACUCCUGACAGCUUACGAAAAAGUGCAAAAGAAUUGGGACGCAGGAAAUCAUUUGAAGAAAAUUAUAAACGUUGGGCACUGCACGCGAUUCGUCAUGGAUUCAAAGCGCAUCAUAGUGAUCGAGUCAACGCUAUCAGUUACAAUGUGGAACCCAUGGACAUUAGAGGCAGAAGACUUACCAGUUCAGUCAGAUAAUACUCCUUCAGAGUUAACUCAUCUAGAAUUGUCAAACGACUUGUUGUUUUGUUCAUAUCGAGACGGAACAAUCGUUGCGCGGAAUCUCGUUAAAAAAAUGGUUGUAUUUCAGUUUACAGACGAAAGCAUGAGUGGAUGUGAUUUAAAAAUUCAUGUUGCUCAUGGAUUGUUAGUUAGUUUUAAAACAGUAGUUGGGCAGGAUUGGGGUGGGGAUCAAACGAUGUUUUCAGUGCGUUCUCUAAAAACUCCUUCUGAAAUUGUUACGCAAGAAUUAACAAACCGAAUCCCUUGUGCAAGAGUAAAAGAAGUCACAUCCGACGAUAACUAUUUUGUUGUUUUCGUAUUUUGUUCAAAUCAUUGUGUUGUGUCUCCUGAUGAUUUCAAAAUCGAACUCCGCUCUGUGACUUCUUUCGAAAUUCUUCGCGAAAUCUGCGGUAUUAUGUCUUCGGAUGAAAUAUUCUCUUAUUCCAAUGGAUGGCUCGUAGCUGGAUUAAAAAGUGUUUACAUGCGGGACAUUGAAGAGUGUAACCGCCCACACAAAGUUCCGACAACAUUCGACAAUUGGGACGACGAGUACGAAACGGAAGUAGCAGAUAUUCAACUUGACGACGAGCACCUUAUUAUUCGAGAUACUAAUGGAACAUUUAAUAUCUGGCGUUUUUGGGGUAAGAAAUCCAACACUCCGAAGCAGGAGGGGAUGAAACUUUUUUCAGACACUAGCAUCACUCUACCUGGAGAACACUUGAAAAGAGGAUAUCAAAAGUUUAAAUUCGAUCAACUCCAAAUCGUAUCGGUACACUCAGAAGAGGACGACGAUGGCCGACAUGACUUGCUUACAAUACGGAACUUUUUCUAAUGUGUAAACGCAAAUUUUAAUGUUCUGUUUAGCAAACAGUGUUUGUACAUGAAGUGUAUUAAAAAUAAAUAUGGGUACGGAAAUUAAAA